AUUAAUUAGUAUCUCCUGUCGUACUGGCGUCAGUUGCUUGUGUUUUUUAUUUUUUUUUUCUCUUUCUUCUUCUUAGUGUUCACUCUUUCACGACAGCGGCUGAAUUUAGGCAGCGUAUUUCGGUUGGAUAAAAGAAAACAAGAUGGCGCUCAUAUAUAAAGCACUUUGAGUAUAAUCCCAUCUUUCGAGUCACCAUCGGCCAGAGAUCCGCAUGCUGAGAACCUGUCCAGGCGUGUAAAAGAACAUUCAAGUGCAGAGAUCGUUUGACCAAUCUUGCGCAUUCCAGUUGAGACCAAAAGCACCGUGAGCCGCAUUAGCUGGAGGAUUCAAGAUGGCAAAUAACGACCAGCAUAUGCAUGGUCCCCGGGGUCUGCCACCUAAGAGGAACCAGCGGCAUGGCAGUUUGGCGGAGAUUAACUACUCACCCUCCGUCUACAUCUCUUCUCUUCUGGGGGACGGGGAAGAGGAUCAUUCCGAUGAGAACAAGCACAACAUCUUCUGUGAGAUGGACAUCCUGUUCAAGCAUGGCGAGGAUUAUGAGUGGAAGGAAUCCGCCAGAUGGGUAAAGUACGAAGAGGAUGUUGAGGAAGGUGGCAACCGUUGGUCUAAGCCUCACGUUGCCUCGUUGUCUAUGUACGCGCUAUUCGAACUGAGGAACGCCAUCUCUAACGGCUGCGUCAUGCUAGAUGUUCACGCCACAACAAUUGCUCAGCUCGUCGAGGCUAUCGUGGACCGACUUAUCAGUGAGGGACGCAUGCAGCGAGACUUGAGGAACGAAGUGAAAGAGUUGUUGUUGAAGCGCCAUUGGCAUCAGCACCAUCGGCGCCCCACUGAGCGGUCCCACGCGGCCAGGAAACGCUGGGAAAGCGCGAGACUAAGAAUGAGGACGGCGAAUACGUUCGCUGAUUUGUCCAGUAUGAACAAGGACAACAUUGCAGGGGCCAAUGGCCUACGUGGCAGAGGUCGACAAGGCUUAUUUUUCAAGAAGAAUAACCAGAAAAGACGAUUCUCCGAUAUACUAAUUAACUUAAAACCUGACAAAAGUCAAAAAAGAAGGUUUUCUUUGGCUGUUGACAGCACACCGGAUAUGACGUCAUCACAGAGCACUCUGAACAUGCGGCCUAGCACCAGUGAUCUUAGUCUGAGUAGUAUGGACGGGUCCGUGGACAAUUUGCCUUAUACCAGUAAGCCAAAUAAGGACUUUCUACGGAAAAUCCCGAAAGGUUCCGAAGUUGCCAACAUCCUGGUCGGAGAGGUUGAAAGUCUCCGACAGAAGAUCGUCGUGUUUGCUCGGCUUGACGAAGCCAAGGUGCUAGGAGACAUAACCGAAGUUAACCUUCCGACAAAGUUCAUGUUUGUCAUACUGGGUCCCAAAGGCUUCCAAUCGAAGUACACGGAGAUGGGACGUGCUAUGGCUACAAUGGCUGUGGAUGAGAUUUUCCGUGAAGUUGCAUACAAAGCACGCGAGAGGCAGGACAUCCUGGCGGCAAUGGACGAGUUCAUGGAACAGGUGACAGUGCUGCCCCCUGGAGAGUGGGAUCCCGCUAUCCGCCUGGAACCUCCGGAUAAGGUCCCGCCUCAGUUUCCUCGACGACUGUCGUCUGCUGCGCAACUGUCCGAGUUGACGGAAAUCAAAGAGAUCCAGGAAAAAGAGCAACUUUCUGAAGCUUCGGAGGAGGCUGAGGAAGAAGCCCAUUUUGAUCCUACCUUAGUCCGCAGCGGACGACUCUUCGGUGGAAUGAUCAACGACAUCAAAAGGAAAGCACCCUGGUAUCUUAGUGACUAUAAGGACAGUUUGCACGUGCAGUGUUUUGCCUCUUUUAUCUACUUGUACCUGGCGACCUUGACUCCUAACGUGACCUUUGGUGGUGUCCUUGGAACAGAAACAAACAAUUACAUGGCUGCAAUGGAGUGUAUUCUGGCCGCAGCCAUAACUGGAAUUAUCUUUGCCCUUUUCUCCGGACAACCUUUGAACAUCCUCGGAAGCACCGGUCCCAUGUUGGUCCUGGAAAUGAUUGUCUACAACUUCUGCAAGGAUAAUGACUUGGAUUACAUGCCAUAUCGAGUCUGGAUAGGACUAUGGACAGCAUUAAUCCUCCUCGUUGUCGUCGCCCUAGAUCUCAGCGCCCUCGUGCGCUAUAUUACGCGAUUCACGGAAGAAUGCUUCGCGACGUUAAUCGCCGUGAUUUUCAUCUAUGAGGCCUUCCACAAGCUAUUCGACAUCGCCGAACACCACGAGGGAAAAUUCCUCACGCACCCUGACGAAAACCGCCAUUGCUUCUGCUCCUUGGCUUGCGACGAUUACCUGUACUUCAACAGCAGUGACGUUGGCAAUAUGACGUCAGCGAUAGGCAGCACAGGUGGCGUUGCCAUGACUGCCAAUAUGUCCAUGGAAAAUAUGACGGCCAUCCAGAAUUGCUUCGACGAGACGACAGUCCUUAUCAACGAGACGCUGAUUGGUGGAAAUUUCACCAAACGGGACUGCCUCAUGGUUGUUGGGGCGGACAUCGAGUGCCCUUACGUGCCCGAUGUGUUUUUAAUGUCCCUCAUACUCUAUGCCGGCACAUUCGUCCUGACCAUCUUCCUUGUGAACUUCAAACGCAUGCCUUACUUCUCAGCCAUGGUCCGACAGUUCAUUUCCGACUUCGGUGUGCUGAUUGCAAUUCUCUCCAUGGUGCUUCUUGACUGGGGUGUCGGCCUUCCCACGCCAAAACUCACAGUACCGUCCACAUUCGAGCCAACCAAUAGCAAAGUACGUGGCUGGUUCAUCAACCCAAUCAGCGACAAGAACCCGUGGUGGCUUCCAAUCACUGGAGUGAUUCCUGGUCUCUUGGCCUCCAUCUUGAUUUUCAUGGAUCAGCAAAUCACAGCCGUCAUCGUCAACCGGAAGGAGAACAAGCUGAAGAAAGGUUCUGGCUACCAUCUGGACAUGUUCGUCGUCGCUCUGCUGAUUGCGGCUUGCUCCCUUUUGGGUCUACCCUGGUAUGUGGCCGCCACCGUCUCCGCUAUCGCCCACAUCAUGAGCUUGAAGAAAGAGUCUGAGUGCAACGCCCCGGGGGAGAAGCCCGUAUUCCUGGGAGUCAGAGAGCAGAGAGUUACAGCCCUUCUCGUUGGAAUCCUCAGCGGGCUGACAGUCUUCAUGACAGUUAUCCUGAAGUUCAUCCCAAUGGCUGUCCUGUACGGCGUGUUCUUCUACAUGGGUGUUGCCGCUCUCACUGGAAUGCAGUUUAUCGACCGAAUCCUGAUCAUGUUCAUGCCCAAGAAAUACCAACCGGACUACAUGUACCUACGUCACGUGAGAUUAUGGCGCGUCCACCUGUUUACCGCCAUGCAGAUCGCAUGUCUGGCCGUACUCAUGGUCAUCAAACAAAUUAAACUGAUCUCCAUUGUGUUUCCAAUCAUGGUUUUGGGCACGUGUUUCGUCCGUAAAUUCAUGGAUUGUAUCUUCACUCAAACGGAACUAAAAUGGCUGGACGAUAUAAUGCCGGGUUCAGGCAAAAAGAAAGUUGAAAAAGUGGAUCCAGAAAAGAUACAGGCCGACUCAGUCCCGAGCUUCAAGACGGUGUCCACGACAGAUUUAGAGAUGACAAAGUCAAACGGUAAAGCUCCCAGUUUUUACAUUCAAGAGGAACAAGAACCCGAAGAACCGGAAGUUGAUUCUGGACGCGAAUCGCCGGAAAACGGAACCCCACCACCUAGUUACGACAACUCGGUGGCCAAAAAAACCGAAGACAGUCGCUUGUAGCGGAACGGGACUCAUAGAGACUUUAUGUUUACACAGAAAUUAAAAUCCUGUUUAUAUAUAUAAAUACUUUUCUAUACUAAAUGUAUAACUAUAAUGCGAACAAACUCACCUCAUUUGUAACGUCAUGUUUUUGGUGGGGUUUUUUUUCUUUUUUUUUGUGCCUGUUUUUAUUUCUUAUUUCUCCAUCAACCUCAGUGUGUGCCGUUUACGUUUGGUGAUUUGUCAUAAGUUCAUAAUAUGAGAUUCCAUGAUGACAUCCGUUAGUGUAAGCUUAUAACAUAUGUGAUGGAAACAGCCGAUGAUGAUCAAGACACCAGAUGGCGUUGUUGUAGGUUCAAGCGUGAUGAAUGUGCAACUCCAUCCGAGAUUCCCUACAGUAUGAGUCAAAAUAUCUUAUAUUAAAUUCUUGUUAUUAUUAGCUCAACAAAAUGUCACCUGUGUACGCGGCAUUUAAUCCAUUUUCAAAGUUUAACCACUGUGGGAACGUCUCAACAGAAAAAGGGAAUGAACAGCAGGCUCCGUGGGAUUUAAAUAUUUGAGCAUUUAAUGAUGAAAAUUGUGUUCUGCAACACAACGCCUUGAUGUUUGGUGCUAAAGCAAAGUCCUGAUUGGACAAUGCAACUCAGGUGAUCACACCAAUAAGACUCUUACUGCAUGUCACGUGGGACUCAUUGUGAAAAAAACUGGAAUCAAUCGGAUUAACGUUGAUUGGACCCAAGGUGUCAGAGCACCUCUGCAAAUGAGUGGAGUAUUACCCAAUGGCAUUUCGUCUUGACGAACAAUGCAAUUUAGUGGCUUAUCAUCCAACUACAUUUACGCUUCACGCAACCAACUGAUAUCGGAUAAGCUGUUAACAUUUUAUGCAUGCCAUGUCUUUCCUGUAUAUAGUCAAUGUAACUCAUAACCAGGGCUUUCCAUUAUCGUUUCAUUAUUAUAUUUUUCCAUGUAUCAUAAUUGUAAGAAAUCACGAUAUUGUCUGUUGUAAAUAGUCUCUUUUGUACAUAUUUUCCACGCCACAAAACAAAACAGGUUACACUCAGCCAAGACGAAGCUGGUUUCCGAUGCCUAAUUCAAUGGUACCGGAAAUCAGUCUAUUUACAGCGUGAAGAACCUCCAACGUAGCUAGAGUAGUUCCGGAAUAUACCAUUAAGUCACGUUCAGAAUUUUGAUGUAAUUAUUUUUUCGUGCUAAAGAAUUAAAUGCUGUAAAAUGGCUUUGUAGAUAAAACAAAAUUGCAACACACCCAGAUUUUUGGGGCAAACGAUAGUAUUAUUGAACAUAAAGCUAUUCAAUGAAAAUGCCUUUGUCAUCGUCAUGGUGCACUUUUGUUACCCGUCUUCUGAUUGGAUGGAAAAUAGUUCUGAUAUAAACAACGCUACUAUUAUUGGUCAGUCGGUGAAUAGGAAGUUUAUAUGAUUAAUCUAGAUGCGGUAGUGCUGAAUACAAAUAUUCUACAAAAAAACCCCGAAAACAUAUAUACCGAUGUAAUUCUCGAAACGGUGAUAUCACGGUUCAUUUGUGAGACAUGUCCAAUGGACUCUCCUCAUCACCCACCCACCCCCCACCCCCACUCCCCCACGCUACCAUCCCCUCCCUUCACACGCACUCCCACCCGACCCCGCUCCCUUCACACACACUUCCACACCUCACCUUCACAUCCUCGUUACAACAUAUCUUUGCAUAAUGACGUAAUCUUGUGAAGGCAAACAUAUUUGCACUUCUAUGCUUUCGAUUACAUAAAUUUAAAUACUAAUUUAGUAUUUGGCUGAAGCAAAGCAAAUCGCACGCCGAUUGGGGCGAAAGUUUGCCGAGUCAGCUAAAAUUUGGAUUCUGAUCGAAACCGUGAUAAAAUAUGUUGGGAUUACGUAAUACGCCUACAUAAUGGUUCAGCAGACAUGCGCAUGAACGCUCUAUUACGCAAAUCGCUUCUAUUUUUGUGAAUAACAGAAAAUUUUAUCAAUAGUGAAAACAAAAAUGACAAUCCAAUAAAAUUUAAACUUUUACACGGAAUUUAUACUGAGAUUAAAAUGGUGAUUUUCAUGAAGUAUUUAUUGUAGUUACGUGGCCCUACACCGGGUAAAAGGUUUUAGAUGGCCUUACACGCAUAUAUUCAGGGAAAUAAACUUUUAUUUUCGAACUUUACAUAUA